AUGACCGCCCUGCUGCUGGGAGCCGCGCUGCUGCUGGGGAGCCUGGAGGACUGCCGCCCGCAAGAGAUGCUGGCUCCGCCGGCGCCUGUCAGGUUCCACUCUGUGGACUACAAGAACGUCCUGCACUGGUCUCCACCCAACAACGGCUCCUCGCUGCAGUACCACGUCCAGUGGAAGAUUUACGGCGAGCCCGAGUGGCUGGACGUGGACAGAUGCCAGGGCGUCCAGCGGCUGGACUGCGACCUCAGCGGCGUGACCUCUGACCCCAGAGAGUGGUACUACGCCAGGGUGCGCGCCGUCUCGCCGUCCACCAGCAGCCAGUCGGCCUGGGCGCUGUCCCCCAGGUUCAGCCCCCGCAUGGACACUAUAAUCAGCCCCCCGGGUCUGAGGGUGAACUUCACGGAGCGAGGCAUCAUGGUCCGAGUGAACCCGCCCAGGAUGCACGUCCGGAGGAUGCGCAACCUCCUGCGCUACAAGAUCUACAUCAUCCCCAGCAGCGGAGAGGAGGACGUCGUGCAGAUGGGCUGCUGCACCAGAAACCUGACCCUGAAGGAUCUGCACCACAACUCCAAGUACUGCCUGCAGGCCCAGACCGUCAUCCCUACGCAGACCAAGAGCAGCGCCCGCAGCCGCCUGCAGUGUGGCACCACCGUCUGAUCACACAGACGCGCACCGAACGACUGGACUCGCCGUCCGUCACCUGACCUUCGAUGACCUCUCGCUACCUCGACGGCUGCAGCCACCGACCCCCGCGCUGGUGGCGGGGAUGGACUCCACUCUCCAGUACGAAGGGCGUGAAACUUCAACCUGAGCAGUCCACUCCGAGCAGACGUGAAAACCUCAUCCACACUCAGGAACUAAGACUUUUAUUACA